AUGUUUCUGAACACUAUUCGUACAUUGUCGUCUACAAUUUUCAAAGCAUCAAGUGGUCUAUCAAUUGGCAACCACAUUGUCCCUAAAAACGGAAGAAAUGUCUACACAAACAUGGUCAAAUAUAAUGAAUUGUCAACUAAAGAUGAAAUGCAACGAGAUUCGCCGAAAGAUAGGUCAACUGUGAUUCCUGCCGAAACUAGUAUUGAAUAUCUAAAAAGUGAUGCAUACAAAUCCACUUAUGGAAAUAAUCCUGUAUGGAAAGAAUAUCGCCGUAAUCACAAAGGAAGUAUUCCACCAAGAAAAACUAGGAAAAUGUGUAUUAGAUCUGAUAUGAUUGCAACUGGUAAUCCAUGUCCAGUAUGUCGUGACGAAUACCUCAUACUCGACUACAGAAAUGUGGAUUUGCUCAAACAAUUCAUAUCUCCUUAUUCUGGAAAGCUGUUAUCCUAUAAAUUAACUGGAAUUUGCCAAAAACAGCAUGAAAAUUUGAUAGUUGCUGUAAAAAAAGCCAAAGACUGGGGAUUUAUUAAAUUUGAUCUUCCAAUCAAACAUUACAAUUAUGAUGAAUUUAAAAAUUCAAAUUAG